UCUUCCGUCGUCAUCCCCAACAAAGCACCGGGUCGUGCCCGUUUCCUCCGUCUUCUCUCUCCCGUCUCUGUAAACCGCCCCAUUCUCUUUCCCGUGACCGUACACCCCCCUCUCUCUCUCUAACUUUCUCUCUCUAAAUCUAGGGUUCAACACUCCCUCAAAACCCUAACAAUAUUCAAACUAUCUCAGUCCACUAAAAAAAAAAAUUGAAAUUGAAAUUUACUUUCAGAACUCUGUCUGAUUGAUGCUUAUCUUUUGAUUUGAUUGCUUUUUUUUGCUCCGGCGAGAUAUGGACGCUGUCAACAGCGGAACCACGGCGGCGAACGGCGGAGCUGCUUUGCCGCCGCCUCCUGCUCCGAUGCCUAUUCCAAACGCGAAUGCUCCGCCGCCUUUUCUAGUCAAGACAUACGACAUGGUCGAUGACCCCUCCACCGAUAAAAUCGUCUCUUGGAGCGCCACCAACAAUAGCUUCGUCGUUUGGGACCCUCCGGAGUUUGCUAGGGACCUCUUGCCUAAGUUCUUCAAGCACAACAACUUCUCGAGCUUUGUUCGGCAAUUGAACACUUAUGGUUUCAGGAAGGUUGACCCAGACCGCUGGGAGUUUGCAAAUGAGGGAUUUCUCAGAGGUCAAAAGCACCUCCUUAAAAGUAUUAGUCGGCGAAAACCUGCCCAUGGAAAUAAUAACCAACAACAGCAGCAACCACAUGGACAGAGUGCAUCCAUUGCGGCGUGUGUUGAGGUGGGGAAAUUCGGGCUCGAGGAAGAGGUCGAGAGGCUAAAACGGGACAAGAAUGUGCUUAUGCAGGAGCUUGUGAGGCUGAGGCAGCAGCAACAAUCCACCGAUAAUCAGUUGCAAGCCAUGGUGCAACGGCUUCAGGGGAUGGAGCAACGGCAACAACAGAUGAUGUCGUUCCUGGCUAAGGCUGUGCAUAGCCCAGGCUUUUUGGCACAGUUUGUGCAGCAGCAGCAAAACGAAAGCAACAGGCGCAUAUCCGAAGGCAACAAAAAGAGGAGGCUUAAGCAGGACGGCAUUUCAGAUGAUCAUUCUGUAGGCCCCAUUGAUGGACAAAUUGUUAAGUAUCAGCCAAUGAUGAACGAAGCGGCAAAAGCAAUGCUCAGGCAGAUCGUUAAACUGGAUGCUCCGAUGCGGCUGGAAAACUUCAACAAUGAUUCCGAUGCUUUCUUGAUUGGUGACGUUUCAUUACCCAACACGUUAGAUCGUGGGAGUUCUUCGACUCCUACUUCAGGAUUGACUCUUCAGGAGGUCUCACCAUCUUCCGGGCAGUCUUAUUUGCCAGUGACUUCUGGGAUUUCAGGUGCCAAAUCUGAGAUUCAGUCCUCUUCUCUCUGUGCAAACUCUGAAAUGAUUACGACUCCCUUUCCAACCAUGAACCCGCUGGUUGGAGCACAAGCACACGCAGAUUUAGUUAUGCCCGAGCUCUCUCCAUUACAAGAAAUGAUGUCAGAAAGCAAUGUCGACGUAAGUGGAGAAAGCUACAUAGGACCCGAGACACAGAGUUCUGCAUUUAUAAAUUCAACCUCGAAAAUGCCCUUAGAAAUUGACAAUUUUGCUACUGAUCCUGAAUUUGAGUGGGAUGAUUCCUUGCUGGAAGAUGAGAUACAAAAGCUUCCCGGCAUUGGUGAUCCAUUUUGGGAACAGUUCCUAGCUAGCCCACAACCUGGGGAGACAGAGAUGGACUCAACUUCACUAGAAGCUCCAACAGAGGGAAGCGAAGCAAAGCCACUAGAGAAUGGAUGGAACAAAACUCAACAUGUGGAACAGCUUACAGAACAGAUGGGGCUUCUUACUUCAGACAACCAAGAGGUUUGACCUUGUACAAAACUUUACCUAUACCCUUUGUCCCCCGUUGUCCUGGCUUUUCUUUAUAACAUAUGGAGAGACUCGGUUUUAGGUUUCUCUUAAUAAUUUUUUUCCUCUUGGAUUAGACAAAAGUGAAAUGAACUCAACCGGUAUGGUGGUGUUUGUAAGGCCGCAGCUUUUUGUGGGUUUAUGACGAGUUGUACUGUUGUUGUUCUUUUAAUGCCAGGCUUUGUAGUACCAAAGGACCUUAUCUAAGAUAGAUGCUAAGUAAUAUGUUUAUUACUGUAUUAUUAUUUUGUAGUUUUUCUUUUUAGCUCUUUCUUUGACCCUUUAAUCUGUAAAUACUUAGAAAUUAUUUAUCUAAUUUUUAUGUAAUAUCUGUA